GCGUAUUCUGGACAGAUUGACACUUGAAUCUUGGAAUCAGACGACGAAAAUACAGACGGAAGUGAUAUAGGCGGCCUCCAGUGAUAAGGAUAUAAGGGGUUUUCCGUCGAACGUGGCGUUGUUUACUAGACAGUGGAGACGGUGACAACAUGUGCGGAAUAUUUGCAUACCUGAACUAUUUGGUUCCUGCCAAACGGAAGGAAAUUCUAGAAAUUCUUGUCAAUGGGUUGAAGCGAAUGGAAUAUAGAGGUUAUGACUCUGCAGGAGUUGGAUUUGAAGGCACAAAUACUAAAAAUGGAAGCCAUGAACUCAAGACAAUCAAACAAAAAGGGAAAGUGGCCAGACUGGAAGAGGAGAUUGCCCAGACCACUGACUUGGACUUUGAGAAGGAAUUUGACACUCACAUCGGGAUCGCUCACACCCGCUGGGCCACUCAUGGAGAGCCCAGCCCCACCAACAGUCACCCCCAGCGCUCAGAUCCAACCAAUGAAUUUCUUGUGUGUCACAAUGGAAUCAUUACAAACUACAAAGACUUAAAGUCAUUUCUGAUCACUAAGGGAAUGGUGUUUGAAUCUGAGACAGACACUGAGGUGAUCGUGAAACUGGUGAAACACAUAUCGGACAAGCACAAAGACUCGGCCAUCUCGUUUAGAGAGCUCGUCGAACUCACCGUUCAACAGCUGGAGGGAGCCUUUUCUUUGGUUUUCAUGAGUUCCAAAUUCCCAGGUGAAUGUGUCUCUACCAGGCGAGGAAGUCCCCUGGUCAUCGGAGUGAAGAGCAAGGCCAAGCUGUCAACCGACCACAUUCCCAUCCUGUACAGUAAAGAACCAAAUCUUUCGGAAAAGAAAGGAGGUGUUGACCUGGCCACAGAAAAGUCAGAUCACCGAGGCCUGAUGAACCCUGCCCUUCACCAUACAGACAGCACGACAGAAUUUCAUCCAAUCGGAAACAAGGAAGUGGAAUACUUCUUUGCAUCAGAUGCCAGUGCAAUAAUCGAGCACACCAACCAGGUGAUUUUCCUAGAGGAUGAUGAUGUGGCUGCAGUACAGAAUGGGUGUCUGACAAUUCACAGAAUCAAGCGCACCCUGGACGAAUCAGCGACCCGAGAAGUGACCACCAUCAAAAUGGAGAUCCAACAAAUCAUGAAAGGAAGCUACAGCUCAUUCAUGCAGAAGGAGAUUUUUGAGCAGCCAGAGUCUGUUGUGAACACAAUGAGGGGGCGUGUCAACUUUGAAACCAAUCAGGUUGUGCUUGGAGGUAUCAAAGACUUCAUGACAGAAAUCCGGCGCUGUCGAAGACUUCUAUUUAUAGCUUGCGGGACGAGCUUUCACAGUGCAGUAGCUACACGGCAGCUAAUGGAAGAGCUGACAGAACUUCCUGUAAUGGUGGAACUAGCCAGUGACUUCCUGGAUAGACAGACGCCUGUUUUUAGAGAUGACGUCUGCUUCUUUAUCAGUCAGUCAGGUGAGACUGCAGACACACUGAUGGCCCUGCGGUACUGUAAACAGCGAGGUGCAUUGAUUGUGGGCAUCACAAAUACCGUAGGCAGCAGCAUUUGUCGGGAAUCUCACUGCGGCGUACACAUCAACGCUGGACCGGAAAUCGGUGUGGCCAGUACCAAAGCAUAUACUAGUCAGUUCAUCUCUCUGGUGAUGUUUGCCCUGGUGAUGUGCGAAGACAGAAUCUCAAUGCAGGAUCGAAGGACGGAAAUCAUCCAGGGACUGAAGAAUCUUCCAAGCCAAAUCAAGGCAGUUCUCGAAACGGAUGAACAUGUGAACACACUUGCCCGAGAGCUGUACCAACAGAAAAGUUUGCUAGUGAUGGGCAGAGGAUAUAACUAUGCAACAUGUCUUGAGGGAGCCUUGAAAAUCAAAGAGUUGACGUACAUGCACUCCGAGGGCAUCCUAGCCGGGGAGCUGAAGCACGGCCCGCUAGCCCUGGUGGAUAAAGCCAUGCCAGUGAUGAUGGUGGUGACGAGAGACAAAGUCUAUCCUAAAUGCAUGAACGCUCUUCAGCAGGUCAAGGCUCGCCAUGGUAACCCAAUAGUAUUGGGCAAUAACGAUGAUAAGGAAACGCAACAGCAAGUCAAUAAGUAUAUUGGCGUGCCUUCCACUAUCGACUGCUUACAGGGCAUCCUCACCAUAAUACCUAUGCAGUUACUGUCCAUGCAUAUCGCACAAUUAAGAGGAUGUGAUGUUGACUGUCCUAGGAAUCUCGCGAAAAGUGUGACAGUGGAAUGAGAGGGGAGGCAGAAAGGUUGAUCAUCCACGAGGGUUAUUGAAGACGUACACAUUUUAGGAAAUGAAAACAAGACUGUUACUGCUGUGUGUUUUCAUUGUGGGUCACAAUAUUUUGCAAUUGUCGAGGGACCAAAGUUAGACCUGAAAACACAACUACUUAUAUCAAAAUGCAGAUUACUUAUUAUAAACUUUGUUGAAUCAUUUGAUGGUUUCAUAAUGGUGACCCAACCAAGGAGAUUUCUCCUAAUGUAGUUCUUGCUUUAUUUGAUGCAUGUUGCCAUGACGCAAUUGAAAUUAUGUGGUUCAUUAAUUCUUAUAGUUAUACAUGAUAAUGUUCACACAUAUUAUUGAUAAAUUAUUGAUUGAAUUAUUGAUAAAUGUUUUGGGAUCAUUGAUCAUAGGUCAUUACAUGUUUAUAUCAUUAAUGCACACCUCUUUAUUGACUAACAGACUCUACUUAGAAAUAUAGGAAGCUUCUCAAUUCAAAUAUUUGGAUCAAUAAACAUUAGCAUAAUGUGGCGCUUAUUUUUUCUUUCGUCAAGGAAUUUAGACCACAUUUAUUUUUUGUUGCAAUACGUAGCCUUUGUAUGUCAAUCUAUACAUUUUGUAUUUUAUUUUAUUACAUACGUACAGGAUAUGUAUACAUGUGUUAAGAAUUAUUUAAUUUUUGUUAUUGUUUCCCCAAAUAUUGUAUUAUUUUAGUAUAUGUACCAUAUUUUAUAUUUAUUUUACUAUAGCUUCAAGAGAGAACAAUUAUUUCCAAUGUAGAUAUGGUCUUAUUGAUAUUUUGUACAAAUCUUAUCUCAGAAACUACAAAAAACUACUUUUUAAAUAACUAAAAAUUGAUAGGAACUUUUCAAACAAUCGUAGUCUUUUUUUAAUUGUUUAACAAAUUGUUACAUCUUUUUUUGACAAUCGUAUAUAUAUCCUAUUUAACAUGUUUAAUAAGUAAUGAAACUCUAUCCAUCAAAAUCUCAGCAUAUAUCUCAGUACUUUGAUUUUGUCUACAAGGUGGCUAGACAAUCAAUACUUAUAUACUUAUACAUGUGUACUAUUAUAUUAUGGGUUUUAUCCAUUGUUCUUUAGGCAUUUUAGUUUGUUUACCAUGUAAAUGAUUUGUUUAUUUUCAGUGUGGAAUCUGCUGUUUUGGAAAUUUUUUUGUGUGAAUUAAAACCAUAUGUUUAUUGUGGGGAAAAAUAUAUUUCUUACUAAAUA